AUGUCGGUCAGGUCUUCAGAGGUUUGCUGGUGCUGGUUCUGGUCACGUCACUGGAUGGACUGAAGAAAGCCAAGAAGACCAAACCGAAGCCAGCCCAAGGCUCCGGACCAGUCAAGGUCAUCGGACGGAGCGUAAUAACUGUAGGGUUGGUUUUGGAUCCUAACAUGAAGAGCUUCUUCCCUGUCCUUCCUAUAGCCAACAGGUCUCUCUCUCCGUGGACAUACAUGUGAGUUGGUUACAGUACAGCCACUUUUGGGACACGCAUGUGAAGUGUUCAUUACUCAAAAUGAUAUGUUUAAUGGAAGUAGAACGAAUGGUUUUCCAUAUAAAAUUAUUUAAUGUGUUUCGUGGCAUUUUGUGUCUCAAUUGUAUGCACAAAUAACAUGUCUCUCUCUCUCUCUCUCCCCCCCCCCCCCCCUAUUCCUCCCACUCUCCCUCCCUCUCCCUAACCAGAGACACGUACGAUGAGAACCGGGUCCCUCAGCGUAUCUCUCAGGCUCAGUGCCGGAUGUCUGGCUGUCUGACCCCAGAAGGAGGUGAGGACAUGGGGUGGGAGUCCAAACCGAUCGUCCAUCAGACCCUGGUGCUCCGCAGGUAACCUUUUAGACUUAUUAUGAUUAUUAUGAUUAUUAUUAUUAUGAUUAAAAUAUACUUAUAACUGACUUACCUUUCGUAAAUCGCCCCCCUCAGAGGAUAAUUACAUUCUGUUGAAUUGAAUUGAGUUGACAUUCACUUUGCUUUGAGAAAUAUAGGUGAUAAAUAUAAAUAAAAAAAUUUUUUUAAUGUAAUGUUAUAAUUCAUAUUUCUGAGACAGUUGUCUGACCUGUGGGACUAUUCUGCAGGGUCCAGGGAAAGCAGGGUAGCAGCAAGAAGAGGACGAGGAAGGGGAAGAAGGGAUAUUUCUUCAGACUGGAGAGUGAGAUUAUAAAA